AUGUUAUUUGGCUACGUAGGUGGCCAGAUUACCAAUAACGUAUCCGUAGCAAUAAUUGGAGCAGGUUUUGCCGGACUACGUGCUGCUCAAAGAUUUGAGGAACUGGGAAUAAAAUAUACAGUGUUCGAAGGAUCUAAUCGAGUUGGAGGUAGAGUUUAUCCAUUUUCUUAUUGGAAUGGAUACCUUCAACACGGAGCAGAAUAUGUGAAUGGAGAGGAUAAUGAGAUUUAUGAAAUCGUCAAAAAGAACAAUUUACUGUCUCCAACAGAGAUUGACGAAGAAGGAUAUGAAACGGUUGUUUAUGGGAGGGAAGUCAAUAAUAAACUGUAUAAUAUUUGGGACAAGUUCGAAAGCUCUACCAAUGAAAAGUUGGAGCGAGACGGUGCCAACAAAAAGAUUUUCAACAAAACUGUAUCCGAACGUAUUGAUUUUUAUUUUGACUCGUUUCUGGCUCCACAGAAACUGACCCAAUCAGAGCAGAUAGUUAUGCAGAACAUGAACAAGUUAUUCAAAAAUCAGUACCAGAUGGAAUGGUCUGCUUCUGCAAAUGAUGUGAGAGUUGACUCCGAAGCGACACUCAAUCAAUAUGGAUUCAAAAGCAUUCUGGAUGUACUUACAUCGAAAGUUCCAGUGAAUAAAAUCAAAUUGUCGUCGAAAGUUGUGAAUAUUGAUUAUACAGGUAACAAAAUAAAGAUACUCCUCUCGUAUGGUCAAUCUUAUCUCUUUGAUUCCGUGAUUGUCACCAGUUCUCUUGGAUAUUUAAAACAAUACAAAAAUAGUUUAUUCACUCCAUCUCUCUCUGCUACAAAGUCAGCCGCUAUCGAAAGAUUUGGAUUCGGGAAUAAUAUGAAAAUAUUCUUGGAAUACAGUCGUCCAUGGUGGCCCCGUGGAAUGUCAACAGUUCAGAUAUCUGGAAGAGUUGGAAUAAAUGGAAAUGGAAACAGUUUGGAGGAUGAGUUGAUGGUGUUCCAGCCAAGUUUAUGGGCGAGUAAUAUUCUUGUAGUUUGGAUUGCUGGAAAUGGCCCGAGGAAAGUAUCUAAAUUAACAGAUUCACAACUGAUCACUAUCAUCAAUAAUCACCUCACUACGAACCUAAAAGACGUUUACACUGUCUCCAACAUCCAAAGAAUCUACCGUCAUAACUGGAUUACCGAUGAAUUUUCACUUGGAAGUUAUUCGUAUAUUUCGAAUAAAACUUGUUCAAUGAACACAGAUGAUCUCAAACUCCUGAGAGAUCCCAUUCUGGUUAACAGAAAGCCAGUUAUUUGCUUUGCCGGCGAGCAUACAGAUACAGAAAUGUAUCAAACAGUUGUUGGAGCAGCUAGAAGUGGUUUACGGGAAGCAGAUAGAAUAUUAAAUUAUUAUUCUUCUCUUUGA